GUAAUGCAUGAUGGUAUACAUUUUGUGACGAGCCAAACAAAACCUGAAUCCCGGAAGACAAAAUGCAGGGCAAUAUUAACAUUGUAGCACCCUGAUUUAGAGUGUAAGCCAUUUCAAAUUCCAACAUAUCAACCGAAACACAAAGGGAUCACUACAGUAAGAGUAUGAUUGUAUGUAUUUUAGGUGUAAUGCAUGAUGGUAUACAUUUUGUGACGAGCCAAACAAAACCUGAAUCCCGGAAGACAAAAUGCAGGGCUAUAUUAACAUUGUAGCACCCUGAUUUAGAGUGUAAGCCAUUUCAAAUUCCAACAUAUCAACCGAAACACAAAGGGAUCACUACAGUAAGAGUAUGAUUGUAUGUAUUUUAGGUGUAAUGCAUGAUGGUAUACAUUUUGUGACGAGCCAAACAAAACCUGAAUCCCGGAAGACAAAAUGCAGGGCUACAUGUUAAGAGGCGCUAUGCCGCACUUCCUUUUGGGUAAGCAAUGUCUGCGCCCUGUUUGACGGUAAGGCAAAGGAAACACACUCCCUUCCAUCAAAUGUCACGUUGACAUCCCCGCGUCGUACUUUUUAACGGGUCAGUCAUCGUUGGAUGCUUUCACAUAACCCGAACCAUGUCACAAAUCGUCGAAAAGGACAGCGUCGCCGGCAAGAGGCUAUCACGAGCAGUGAUCGCCGAAUUACUGGCAAAGAACUUCGACAAGCUGCCCGACAUUGACCGCAAGUUCUUCCUGUACGGGCCCGUGUAUCUGGCGGGGAACGGGGGGCUUGCGGGGCUCAUCGCAAACAGCUUGUACCGCCGAGCCCUGAACGUCACAGAGGCGCGGAUCACGUCCAGCUUGCCGAUGGCCGUGCUGCCCUUUAUUACGACGUACGUUCUCUACAACGCGGCGGUGUCGAACCCUCUGAUGUCCGGGGACCUCAAUUGCCCAACCUGCGCGCUCACGCGGGGCGCGCUGGUGGGUGUGUUCGGUGGCGCGGUGUAUCCCAUCAUCCUGGCCUUACCCGUCAACAUCGGCCUUGCGUCCAGAUACAACACGGCACCGUUGCCGGAGAAGGGAAACGUCCUGCGGUACUGGAUGGACCUCUCCAGGCCCAUUCUGAGGAAGAUGAGGGCAGUUUUUGUACUCCAGGCCUUUUUCGGUACCUUCCUGAGCUCCAGGCACUUUGAAAGCUACAACACACUGGCCAAGCUCACUUUUGGCCCGCACCCAGAGCAACUAAAAGACUGAAAUGUGCAAAGUUAAAUAAAUUGCUGUUUCUUCACUCAA